UGAUACCAGGAACCGUAACUAGGCAACAAGAUGCUUUCUGCCUGCCAAACAAUUCGAUGGUCUGUGGAGUGAGUAUUUUUUCGGCGUGUGAUGAUUUAAGUCAUGUCAGGGGUUGGAACCGAGAGUGAUCCCUUGCCAAACCCUCCAGAGAAGCAGCAGUUCACAGCUGGCAUCGAAAAGGAGCAGGACCCAGACAAACGUGGCGAGGAUCUACAGAGAGAACUGCAUAAUAAAGAGAAGGGUGAAAUGAGUGACUUUGUCAGUGGACAAAACUGGGAACCCCAGACGGAUCAAUAUAAAAAACAUGAACAUCCACCUGUCUCUCAAGUCUACACAACCACCUCAAUGCCUCCAUUUCAAAAACAGUUGCCAAGUGUAAAAAUGAAUGCACUGACAUUAGAAUGGGCCUUUGGGAUGAAUCGGGCUCUUCCUGUAUUCAGCCUUCAGGACAAGGAUCGCCUGAUAAUCCUGUAUGGGGGCUCACAUGUUGCGGUCAUCUAUGACCAAACAUCAAAUUCGCAACACCUACUUCAGGGUCACAGCAGCCCAAUUUCAUGUUUGUGUGUGAGUGAGGACAGGCGCUGGCUGGUGACAGCAGACAAAGGACAGGAAAAUCUGGUAAUCAUUUGGGACUCCUUUUCAAGAAUUCCUGUGCAAACAUUAUUUGACAGUCACCCUGGGCAGGGUGUUGCAGCUUUGGCACUGUCAAAGGACUCCAAAUACUUGGUAACAGUUGGAGCUGGAAAAGUGCAGCGAGUUUGUAUAUGGGAUUGGACAAAUGAGACAGAGAUUCCAUUAUGUCUAACAGAACUCAAUCCUAAAUUUGGUUGUCAGGAUUACAUUAUUUUCAAUCCCAAUGACAGUUCUCAACUUAUCAGCAACAGUGAUAGCCAUGUUUUAUUUUAUACCAAGGACAAGCAACAUCUUGACUUUAUCGCCCCAGAGCUAUUAGACAAGACGUUUAACAAGGCUGUGGGCAUGCUGAGCCAGUCUGUGUUCCACUGGAGGGGGCACCAGGCCCUCUCUGCCACUGCCGCUGGCAACCUAGUGCUGUGGGACAUGGUUAGAGGCUCCUCUACCUCAAGAUCCCUUGUAAGGCGAGCUGUAAAGCUUAUCCCCCUUCAGAAGGAUGGCAUCACCGUGCUCACUCUGACUGACAGCUUCAUUGUGACUGGUGACACUCUCGGACAUGUGAAAUUCUAUGAUGAGAACUUCAAGCUCAUCAACUGGUACAGUGAAUUCAACCUUGACCCAAUCACGUCGAUCUCUUUCUCAAAAGAAGUUCCACCUAAUAGCAGUAAGGGUUUUGUGGAGGACUGCACUCUGGAAGCCAAGCCAUUUGUUAUCCGGAACUUUGUCCUUUCCACAGUCAGCUCCACAGUGGUCCAUGUGAAAGCGCAAAGUGGUGUGCUGCAGACACUGCUGCAGGAGCAUUGUGAGGCACUGCACGCGGUAGCCUGCCACCCCCAUCAACCAGUUCUUGCAAUGGGCAGCCACAGUGGAGUCCUGAAGGUGUGGGAUUAUGAGCGCAAGGUGUCCAUCUGCAGCAGGGUCUUUGAGAAUGAUGAGCAGAUUCAGUGCAUCACCUACGACCCCAAAGGAUUUUACCUGGCUCUUGGCUUUGUAAGUGGAGCUGUCCUCAUUUUGGAUGCUUGCACAUUGCAAAGUGAGGAAGAGGAGUUCUUCAACUACAGCCCAGAAUGCAUCACUCACAUUACCUUCUCCCCAGAUUCUGUCUACCUGGCCACAGCGGAUACUGGAAAAGCAGUGAUGGUGUUCUGCUUGUACAAUGGUAAGAGUGUGCAUUGCUGGAGGUACCUGGGGAGGCACCACUCCCACUAUAGGCCCAUCAAGGACCUCCUGUUUGGGGUGUACUUGGACAGCACCCAACCUAGAUUACUCUCCCUGGGCAUGGACCGCAGGCUGGUGGAGUAUGACCUGGAGAACAGCAGUGAGGAUGAGCUGUUGAUCCUGAGCUCUGAACAAAUCGAACAGAGUGCUGUGCCCACCUGCAUGGCCUGGUACCCAUCCCUCACUACAGAGGAUUUUCUGCUCACUGCUUCAAAUCUCUACAAAAUGAAACUUUUCAACAGUACAACCAAAAUGUGCAGAAAGACACUACUUGGCCCCACAUAUGGAUCUCCAGUUCAGAAGAUGGCCAUACUUCCAUUCUCUAAGGACUGUAAACUUAACUCACAUUACAUGGCAUACAUUACAAAAGACAAAGUGGGUCUCCAGAUUUUGCCAGUUGAUGGGAACCCCUACAAGUCCUCUGCCCUGAUCUGCCAACCAGCAGGGGUGUCUGCUAUGGCCUGCUCUUAUGAUGGUCGAUAUGUCUUCACCGCUGGGGGAUCUGAUUCUAUGGUCCUCUCAUGGGAGAUUAGUUUAAAUGCAUUAGAAGCUGCUGCUUCACUUGGUGGAAAAGACCUUAUUCCCUUCUACAGUCUCCUGGAGGGAGGGAGAGAAGGGGAACUCUUUAAAGAAAUGGAGGAGUUUUUCUAUUACUGUCAGCUGCGUAACCAAGACAUUGACUCCAUGGAGAUGCGAAAGGUGUCCACCCGAAUCCCCCUAACAGAGGUGCCCUUUGUCAUGAGGGCUCUGGGCUUUUUUCCCACUGAGCAAGAGCUGGAGGACAUGCAAAACGAAGUCAAGUUCAGCAGGUAUGCUGAGACUGGGAGAUAUGUGAUUGAUAUAGACCUGGAGGAGUUUGUUAAGCUGUAUGUCAACCAUCGGCCAGUGUUUGGCAUCUCCAGGGAGGAACUUCUUCACACGUUCCAGAUCCUUGGUGACUCAUUUGUGACAGGAGAACCUUUGGUGAACAGGGAUGAGCUGCUGAAACUCCUUCAGGACAGAGGGGAACACAUGACUGAGGACGAGCUGGCAGAAUGUUUCACCACACUGCUAGGACAGAAUCCAGAAGAAAGGAGAUCAGUGGUGGGAGCCUUUGAAUGUCAUGGUAUGUGUCACUGUGAUCCAGAUGACGUUUUGGAGCAAGAAAUCCCAGAAGAGAUUUCCAUGAGAAUAUUUGCAAGUGAUAUCCUGGGAUUCCACAUUGAUACUAAAGAGGGGGAAAUUGUAUAAUAAUUUAAUGUACCUUUUAGUAUAGGUGGGCUCAACCUGUAAAACACUUUAAAUUAACCAUGUAGUCCAUGAAUCACAAUUCAUGAUUGACAGCUGUUUCCUCAUGGGUGCAGUUUGAUGUGACAUAAUAAAGUUUCCUAAUAAAGAUUAAUUAAAAACAGCAAAUUUAAUGGAGAAAUAA